UAAGGAGCUUAGUGAUGUCUAUAUAGACAGGCUACCAGUCGACCUUCUGUGGAACAUGGCCAAGCAAACUCCUUCCUCUUUUCCAAGUAGUGAUGUUGUAUUUCUUGACCGCGGUAAUGGAACAUCUGUACUCGUGCACCUGCAUGGAGCUACCGUUUUGUCUUGGAAGUGCCAAGGACAAGAAGUCUUGUUUUUGAGUGAGAAGGCUGUGUUUGACAACAAGAAAGCCAUCAGAGGUGGAAUACCCGUAGUUUUCCCCAAUUUCGGCCCCUGGGACCUCGGCCCACAGCAUGGCUUUGCCAGGACAAAGAGAUGGCAGGCAGAAACACCAGCCAGGACAGAUAGUGCAGGCAAUGUUGUAGCUGAGUUUGUCCUUCAAGAUGAUGAAGCCACCCGAGCAAUAUGGGACUUCAGGUUCAAGGUGGUGUACACUGUACAGGUGAUGGAGAAGACAGUCACCAUGAAUGUGGCAGUAAACAACCUGGGCAGCAAAGACUUUGACUUCACCUGUCUCCUACACACUUACUUCCGCAUCCCUGACAUCUCUAAGACAGCAGUCAUGGGUCUACAGAACACCAAGUAUGUAGACAAGGUGAGAGAUGGAGAGGAGGUGACAGAGGCUCGAGAGGAGAUCAGGAUUGACGAGAACUAUGACAGAGUGUACAUGGAUACUCCUUCAGAAAUUGUGGUUGGCAAGGUAGCAGAUGGCUCUCACAGUAUCAUCAUGCAGACUAUGAACUUCCCUGACACAGUGGUGUGGAAUCCCUGGGCUGACAAAGCAAAGGCGAUGUCUGACUUCGGAGAUGAUGAGUACAGCAACAUGGUGUGUGUGGAGGCAGGAUAUGUGGCACAUAGGGUGCAGCUGAACACCGGCCAACAGUUUGUGUGCAGUCAGAAGUUAACCUUUGUGCCAGCAACCCAAUAGCCAUUGCUCUGGCAUAUAACCUAAUGUAUGAGGAGAGAUCUGUUAUGUAGGUGCACUUAUAAUCAGGGACUGAGGUCUGAGAUAGCUAACUGCUUGGCACCAAUGUAAUUUGAUCAGCAAUUUAAUAAAGUGAAAUACAUAAAAAAAACAUUUACUAAUAAAUGACACAAACUUGGGUCCUAAUUUUGGUGACGGAAACAUGUGCUUGUUUGCUUUGCAAGGCCAAGUCUGUAUAUGGACGUUGGUGUUAUAUGUGGAUUGCUUUGGUAGUGACAAUCAAUAAGGAAACAGAUGAGAUACAUGGCUUGCCUGUUCACAGUGUUGACCAAGUUCAUUUUGGAAGGUAAGGGAAAACUGUUGGGUGUUUUCUAGCCAACACACAUCAAUACAGUUUACUGCAAGGGAUAUGAAGCAAGUAUACAUUCCAGAUCAUUUAGGGUACAUUUAUGGGAUAUUGUUUGAACCUUUUUGCAUUCUUUUGAAUGUUUCUACUUUUGUUAAUAAGUAGUAUGCUAUGUUUUCAAAGUAUAAAUAGAAAUAUUAAAUGUUUAUGUGUUAUUGACCUCUUCUGUGAAUGACCUUGGAAGAAAUAUAAGAAACAUGUAAUGUU